AUGGAGGUGGUGAUUGAGGGCGACCUACUGGAUGGGAAAUACGAUGAAAGCAACCCGUUGGUUCUUACCUCAGCAAAAAGAACUGUAGCUAAGAAGGAGAUUACUAAUCAUUUGGUGAAAGUUUUGUCUCGACGUAGGCGGAAGGAGCUUCAAAAACAACUUGCAAAAAAACAAAAAAAGUUGACGAGGGGUGCGCUCUGGAAUGAACUUGAGAGCUUUACUAGCGAAAAAGCCAUGGUAUCCGCUUUGAAUACCUUGUUCAGUCGUAGCCGCAAAUCUGAUAGAAAAGUCGAAAAGCUCUCUAAAUCCUACGUUUCGAAAUCGACUAGAUGGUGCGAUUCUGGCUCUACAUUAUCUGAUUCGUCUAUACAUUCUGACAGUUCUGGCUCAACAGAAGUACAAUCUCUUCCUAACGAUGAUAUUCGCUUAUCGCCAUUGGUCCAGGGUCGCCCCUCCGAAUCUGAUCGCGACUCUUUGCCUAGAAAAUCCGACGACUUUGAGUCCACGGGAUCGCAAGCCUCUGCUAGAAUGAAGAUGGUCCAUGUUCCAGUGCAUAGAAGCUCUGACAUUCAAACUUUUCGUCUCACGCUUCCAAUAGUCUCGGAAGAGGCCAGGAUAAUGGAGGAAAUAUGCGAAAACGACGUAGUCAUUAUUUGUGGCUCUACUGGAUGCGGAAAAACCACACAGGUACCCCAGUUUCUGUACGAGGCUGGUUACACAAGGAGUGGCUAUAGAAUUGGUAUCACUGAACCAAGACGUGUUGCUGCAAUCUCCAUGUCCGAACGGGUCUCGAAAGAAUUGGGUUUAUACAAUGGUGAAGUUGGUUACCAUAUACGCUACGAAAAUAACGUUUCUGCCAAUACCCAAAUAAAAUUUAUGACUGAUGGAAUUCUACUCCAGGAACUAAAAAAGGAUUUCGUAGCGUCUUCCUAUUCAGCAAUAGUGGUGGACGAAGCUCACGAAAGGUCAGUUUACACCGACGUCCUUUUGGGUCUGCUUUCUCUUGUGACGCGCUUACGAAGGCGGGCUUACAAUGAGAAUCCUGAUUAUGCACGUCUUCCGCUAAAACUGAUAAUUAUGUCUGCCACAUUGCGGGUUGAAGAUUUUGCCGACAAUAAAAGGCUUUUUCCCACGCUUAAGGCAAAGUCAAGUGAUGAGAAUAAAUAUGUAGAUGAUGGCGAUGAAAGUGAAGCUGGUCGACGUCUUGGUGCCCCACCUGUUUUGAAGGUUGAGUCCAGACAAUUCCCAGUCACUUGUCAUUUCUCCCGUUUCACACCCGAAAACUACCUCAAGGCGGCUUUUCGGAAGGUAGUAGAAAUUCACAGAAACGCACCUCCUGGUGGGAUUUUGGUAUUUUUAACCGGCCAACGAGAGGUUCGGACUCUCUGUAAUUGGCUCACGGAAGCUUUUCCGACCGUGGAACCUGAAAAAGUCCGAACAGAAGCGGUGGCAGGCAGGAAGGCAGAUACUGCUGAAAUUGUGCCCAAUAGGAGAAAGAAGCGGAAAAGGAUGGAAGCGGAGUCCAGAGUAAAGUUGAAGGUCAGAAAGACGGGAGAUAAGAUCAAUCGUAGUGAAACAGAAGAAAUAUCUGUAGUGCAAGGGAUCUCAGCCUCGCGUUUUAAUUUAGAUAAUUUCGACAUCAUUCCAGCUGAUGAAGAGGUGGAGGUGGGUCUUGGAAGUGAAAGUAGACGUACUUGGAAAUGCUCCAAAGGUGACAGUACAGACAACAUCAGGUCUAACAGACAGCAGAUUAUUGGAGAGGCAAGUGAUAAUGAGAACGAAAUUGACAUCGGAGAUCUCCCAAUGUUCCAGGAAUCGAAGGAUUCAAUAGUUACACCAAUUUUGGCUCUGCCGCUGUAUUCCCUUCUGCCGGCUGAGCAACAGAGACGUGUGUUUAAACCCCCACCUGAAGGCUGCCGCCUUAUCGUUGUGGCAACCAACGUCGCCGAGACUUCACUCACGAUACCCAACAUUCGCUACGUGGUCGACACUGGAAAGGUACAAAAUACUGAAAUAUUUUCUCCUCUGAUUCGCCUUUUAGUACAGACCAGAGAAAUGCCAGUUAAAUCGAAAAUCUACGAUACUGCGACAGGGGCCUCGUGCUUUCGCAUUGUAUGGGCUAGUCAGGCCUCUGCGGAGCAGAGAGCUGGUAGAGCUGGCCGGAUAGGUCCUGGUCACUGCUACCGCCUCUAUUCUUCUCGUGUCUUCACCGACAACAUGGCUCCAUUCUCUGAGCCUGAAAUCCUUACUCGACCCAUCGACGAAGUUGUGCUCCUCCUGAAGUCGUAUUUGGGCAGCACUCCCCUUUCGCGCUUCCCUCUACCUACAUCACCUACGGCGGCUGCGAUAGAAGCCGCGGAACGACGUCUUACAGCUUUGGGCGCCUUAGAGGAAAAGAAAGUUGGCACAGGUAACAUCCUCCCUCCCACGACAAUAAGCUUGCAUAGUUAUCAUCAAGUAUUACAAAAGAUUGAUCUGACUUCUGCGUUUUGUACAUCAGAAACACUACGAAUAAUAACGCCAGCUGGUCGUUGGAUGGCACGCAUUCCGCUGCCGGCGCGGUUCGCACGUAUGCUGUUGUUCGCAAAUCAGCACAAUCUCAUGCCAUACGCCGUAGUCCUCGUAACCGCACUCUCUGUUCCCGACUUUUUCUUGGUCGAUCCUCAGCUAGCACCCGUACCUAUCGAGGACGUUACGAUGACAGUAGUACAGAAGCGCAAAGGAGCACACCUGUCCGAAGCUGACCGGUUGUCUCAAAUCCGCGCCAAAUUCCUGCGACAGUUCGUCAAAACCGAGGCAGAUCUUAUGCUCGGUGACUUGGCAGUCUUGCUGGGUGCAGUGUGCUGUUUCGACCGCUACUGGGCCCAACUGGUUGGACUUGUGCCCGGAGAUGAAGGAAGUGCCUUAUCUCUGGACCUUGAUCGCGUUGCUCGCCUCAACCCUGAGGCGACUCUGUGUCAGUUGGUUGAAAAGUGCGGCGUUCGCUGGAAGGCUUACGUCGAGGUACGCCAGCUGCGGAGACAACUCAUCGACAUUUUGAAUGCCAACGUGCCAGGUCUAGACCUUAAAUUGGACCUAGCCCUACCCAAACCCACCGCUACUCAAAUUGAGCAGUUGAGGCAGUUGUUUCUGGUAGGUUCCGUUUGUCACCUAGCUGCCAAAUAUGAUCUACCGACGGAGGAACUACCAGCAAAGGAUCGGCGGCGACUUAGGUAUGCUUACAAGGUAGGUGCACAUUCCGACCCUCGCUCUCCUUCAACAUAUACGCCAAUUCUCUUUGCACGAUGCACUUCUGUGCCCGGAAUUUCUGAGCCUGUGUUUAUUGAAGCGAACUCACCUCUUUCUCGCGAAAACUGCAGUUUUGUCGCCUUUUCAGAACUUUAUACAAGCUCAAAGCCAUAUCUCCGAAACGUUUGCGCGAUCAAUCCCGCUUGGGUGCCGUUCCUGGCUCCGCACAGCUACCGCAUCAACGACCCAAAUGUUAUGGCAAAUGCCGUCUUCGAACCGACGACUAAUUGUAAACUGUUGGCAACUGGGACGGAU